AUGGUGUAUAUCUCGUCUCUGCUUUCGGAUGAAGCAUUCGAUCCUCGUUAUCAUAAGACCUUCAAGACGACCUCCAUUCCCGAGCAUAUCAAGCAAAGGAUCCGUCGCCGCUGCGUCAUCCGUCCGUCUGUCAGGUUGCCCCGAGACUCAGAGUAUGUCUUAUCUUUCUUUGAUCUUGAUCUAAUUCAUUCACAGCUGACUUCCAAUUUUAUUGACAUCUCAUUAUCUAGUUCCGAGGAUCCACCCCCUCCCUUGGCCGAAAUCCUUUUCGCGAGACAUCCUUAUCUAAGCGACGUACUCGUGGAACAUGGGAAAUGCGCCGGUCUUGGGCCUUCCUCCGUUACCGAAAUCCUCGAACCAAUAGCAGAAGGACCCAUUCCUUCUCAUGACCGACUGGCACUUGAACGAUUGGCAUUUGUUGCAUACGGUCUAAUGUAUGAAUUGAGAAAGCCCAAAGGUCUCUCACCAAGCAGAAGACGUGAACUACAAGGACAAAGAGUUACCGAUUCUAUUGCAAGUCGAAUGGAAGAAGACUUUGCCAGAGGUCUUGGUAUUGCAACUCCGAUCGAACCAUUUACAAAGGAAGAAUUGUUUCAAUACUUGAUUGAAUCCUUGUGGAUUUGGGUGCAAGAUGAUCGCUGCAAGAUUGAAUUACUGUGA